UUGGAGAGUCAGAGUGAAGAUGAAGAGAAGAAAAGGAGCAGCAGAGAGGCUUUUCUGAAGAUCACACUGAACUUCCUGAGGACAAUGCAUGAGGACGAGCUGGCUGACCACCUGCAGAGCAAAACUGGUGCCGAAGUUUGUCGACGUAAUCUCAAAUCUAAUCUUAAGCAGAAGUUUGACUGUGUGUUUGAGGGGAUCUCUAAAGCAGGAAAGGCGACACUUCUGAAUGAGAUCUACACAGAGCUCUACAUCUUGGAGGGCGGAGCUUCUGAGGUCAAUGAUGAACAUGAGAUCAGACAGCUUGAAACUGCAUCCAGGAAAACAGGUACACCACAAGCAAUCACAUGUGAAGACAUCUUCAAAGCCUCAGCUGACACCCAGCAACCAAUCAGAACAGUGCUGACAAGGGGCGUGGCCGGCAUCGGGAAAACGGUCUUAACACAGAAGUUCACUCUGGAUUGGGCUGAAGGUAAAACCAGCCAGGACUUCCACUUCAUAUUUCCAUUCACUUUCAGAGAGCUGAAUGUGCUGAAAGAGAAAAAGUUCAGCUUGGUGGAACUUGUUCAUCACUUCUUUGCUGAAACCAAAGAAGCAGGAAUCUGCAACUUUCAACAGUUCCGGGUUCUUUUCAUCUUUGACGGUCUGGAUGAGUGUCGCCUCCCUCUGGACUUCCACAGCAAUGACAUCCUGACUGAUGUCACAGAGUCGAGCUCAGUGGAUGUUCUGCUGACAAACCUCAUCAGGAGGAACCUGUUUCCCUCUGCUACCCUCUGGAUAGCCACACGACCCGCAGCGACCAGUCAGAUCCCUCCUGAGUGUGUGGACAUGGUGACAGAGGUCAGAGGCUUCACUGACCCUCAGAAGGAGAAGUACUUGAGGAAGGGAUUCAGAAAUGAGGAGCAGUCCAGAAGAGUCAUCUCCCACAUGAAGACAUCACGAACCCUCCACAUCAUGUGUCACAUCCCAGUCUUCUGCUGGAUCACUGCUACAGUUCUGGAGGACAUGUUGGACACCAGAGACACACCAAAGCUGCCAGAGACCCUGACUGAGAUGUACAUCUACUUCCUGGUGGUUCAGUCCAAAGUGAAGAAGGUCAAGUAUGAUGGAGGAGCUGAGACAGAUCCACUGUGGAAUCCAGAGAACAGGAAGAUGGUUAUGACUCUGGGAAAACUGGCAUUUGAGCAGCUGCAGAAAGGGAACCUGAACUUCUACGAAGAGGACCUGACAGAGUGUGGCAUCGAUAUCAGAGCAGCCUCAGUGUACUCAGGAGUCUUCACACAGAUCUUUAAAGAGGAGAGAGGACUCUACCAGGACAAGGUCUUCUGCUUCAUCCAUCUGAGUGUUCAGGAGUUUCUGGCUGCUCUUUAUGUCCAUCUGACCUUCACCGAGUCUGGAUUCAAUCUGCUGUCAGAAGAACAACUGUCAAUCUGGUGGACACUAUUCAUAAAGAUGAAAGUGCUUAAACCUGAUCUAGCACAUCUCCACCUGAGUGCUGUGGACAAGGCCUUACAGAGUCCAAAUGGACACCUGGACUUGUUCCUGCGCUUCCUCUUGGGUCUUUCCCUGCAGACCAAUCAGAUCCUCCUCCAAGGUCUGAUGACACAGACAGAUAGUAUGUCAGAGACCAAUCAAAAAACAGUCAAGUACAUCCAGAAGAAGCUCAGUGAGACUCUGUCUGCAGAGAGAAACAUCAAUCUGUUCCACUGUCUGAAUGAACUGAAGGAUCACUCUCUCGUGGCUCAGAUCCAACAGCACCUGAUGUCAGGAAGCGUCUCCACAAAAAACCUUUCUCCUGCUGAUUGGUCAGCUCUGAAUUUCAUCUUACUGUCAUCAGAACAGCAUCUGGAGGUGUUUGACCUGAAGAAAUACUCUGCUUCACAUGAGGCUCUUCUGAAGCUGCUGCCAGUGAUCAAAGAAUCUAAAAACGCUCUGUUAUCUGGCUGCAAUCUGUCAGAGAGAAGCUGUGAAGUUCUCUCACUGGUUCUCAGCUCUCAGUUCUCUCAUCUGACAGAACUGGACCUGAGUAACAACCAGCUGCAGGACUCAGGCGUGAAGCUGCUGUCUGCUGGACUGCAGAGUCCAUACUGUGAGCUGGAAACUCUCAGAUCAGACCAAAUACUCAUAACCAAGGGAUGCUGUGACGUUCUAUCAUUAGUUCUCAGCUCUCAGUCCUGUAGUCUGAGAGAACUGGACCUGAGUAACAACCAGCUGCAGGAUUCAGGACUGAAGCUGCUGUCUGCUGGACUGGAGAGUCCACACUGUGAACUGGAAACUCUCAGGAUACGUUUCUGUGGUCUGUCAGAGAGAAGCUGUGAAAUUAUCUCAUCAGUUCUCAGAUCGCCAUCCUCGAAUCUGAGAGAUGUGGACGUGAGUAACAACCAGCUGCAGGAUUCAGGAGUGAAGCUGCUGUCUGCUGGACUGGAGAGUCCACACAGUCACCUGGAAACCCUCAGGCUGAGUUUCUAUGAUUUGUCAGAGAGAAGCUGUGAAGUUUUGUCUUCAGUUUUCAGCUCUCAGUCUUGUCAUCUGAGGGAACUAGACCUGAGUGACAACCAGCUGAAGGAUUCAGGAGUGAAGCUGCUGUCUGCUGGACUGGAGAGUCCACACAGUCACCUGGAGACUCUCAGGCUGUCAGGCUGUCUGAUCACACAUGAAGGCUGUGCUUCUCUGGCCUCAGCUCUGACCUCCAACCCCUCCCAUCUGAGAGAGCUGGACCUGAGCUACAACCAUCCAGGAGACUCAGUCAAGCUGCUGUCUGCUGGACUGGAGGAUCCACACUGGGCUCUGGACUCUCUCAGGGUGGAUCCUGGUGGAGUCCCACAGCUGAGACCGGGUCUGAGGAAGUAUUUCUGUAAACUCACACUGGAUCCAAACACAGCGAACAGAAAUCUGAAACUGUCCAACAACAACACAAAGGUGGUAAACGUGAAGGAUCAAUCGUAUCCUGAUCAUCCAGACAGAUUUGACUUUGACCAUCAGGUCCUGUGUACCACCGGUCUGACGGGCCGCUGUUACUGGGAGACAGAGUGGAGAGGAAAUGUUUUUAUAGCAACCACGUAUAGAGGAAUCAGAAGGAAAGAAAGCACGGACGACUGUGGCUUUGGAUUAAAUGAUGUGUCCUGGAGUCUGUUCUGCUCUGAUUACGAUGAUGACUUUUACUAUGUCUGUCACAGUAGCAGAGAAAGGGCCAUUCCACGAUCGCCUUCGUCCUCUCACAGAGUCUCUGUGUUUGUGGACUGUCCUGCUGGCACUCUGUCCUUCUAUGAAGUCUCCUCUGGCUCUCUGAUCCACAUCCACACCUUCUGCUGCAGGUUCACUGAACCUCUGUAUGCUGGCUUUGGCUUCUGGCCUGGUUCUGGUUCCUCGGUGUCUCUGUGUCGCCUUUAGGAUGGAGACUCUCCUCCUGUGGACACAAACACCUUUCAUUGUGGUCCAGAUCACACACAUGAAUGUUUGGACAAUAAAUGUCCAGCUGAUUUCACUUUGACAGUGGUUGUAAAUUCAUUCAUUCAUUCUCAACU